CUCCAUUAUCUUAGAAAGACCAAAUCUAAUCCUCUCUCUCUCUCUCUCUCUCUCUCUCUCUCUCUACCCGUUUCCGCCAUUAACAGAGAGCUCCCACAAGCUUUCUCCUUUGCAUGGGCGAGAGAGAUAGAUAAUUUGAGUUUGUGAGAGAUUCCAGAUCGGAUCGGACUUUUUCAAAGAUGCAGACUGCAAACAACGGUCCAGAUUCGUCGUCGGUUACACCAGCCGGGACAACACCACCGUUGCAGCAACCGACUCCUCCUCCUCCGCAGCAACAACAGUGGCAACAACAUCAACAAUGGAUGGCGGCUAUGGCUAUGAUGCAGCAGCAACAGAUGAUGAUGUAUCCUCACCAAUACGCUGCUUAUCAUCAUCAUCAUCCUCAGUUUCAAUACGCUCCUCCUUCUUAUCACCAGAAGAAUCAGCAGCGUGGUGGAGACGAUGUGAAGACUCUCUGGAUUGGUGAUCUUCUUCAUUGGAUGGACGAAACUUAUCUCCACACCUUUUUCUCUCACACCAACCAGGUUUCCUCUGUGAAAGUCAUACGAAACAAGCAAACUUGUCAGUCGGAAGGGUAUGGUUUCGUUGAGUUCCUUUCACGUUCCGCAGCUGAGGAAGUUCUUCAGAGCUAUAGCGGCGUAACAAUGCCGAAAGCAGAGCAGCCCUUCCGUUUGAACUGGGCAUCUUUCAGCACUGGUGAGAAGAGAGCAUCGGAAAAUGGUCCAGACCUAUCGAUAUUCGUAGGAGAUUUGGCUCCAGAUGUGACUGAUGCUGUGCUGCUCGAGACUUUUGCCGCAUACCAAUCUGUCAAAGGUGCAAAAGUUGUGAUUGAUUCCAACACUGGACGUUCCAAAGGUUAUGGCUUUGUCAGGUUUGGCGAUGAGAAUGAGAGAUCAAAGGCGUUGACUGAGAUGAAUGGCGCUUUCUGCUCAAGCAGGCAAAUGCGCGUUGGUGUUGCAACCCCCAAAAGAGCCGCUGCUUACGGCCAACAAAAUGGCUCACAAGCUCUGACACUGGCUGGUGGACAUGGAGGAAAUGGUUCUAUGGCUGAUGGGGAAUCAAAUAACGCAACAAUAUUUGUUGGGGGCCUUGAUGCUGAUGUUACUGAAGAAGACCUCAUGCAACCUUUCUCUCACUUUGGGGAGGUUGUUUCGGUGAAGAUCCCAGUAGGAAAAGGAUGCGGUUUUAUCCAAUUUGGUAACAGGCAGAGUGCUGAAGAAGCCAUCGGGAGCUUGAACGGGACCGUCAUUGGGAAGAACACUGUCCGGCUUUCUUGGGGAAGAAGCCCAAACAAACAGUGGAGAAGUGACUCGGGCAACCAAUGGAACGGAGGAUACUCAAGAGGACAGGGGUACAACAAUGGAUAUGGGAAUCAGGACUCAAACAUGUAUGCUACUUCAGCCGCUGCUGUCCCUGGAGCUUCUUGAAAGUGUUGGUAUGUCACUAUCAUGGAAAACCCCGUGAGUCCUGGACUUGCGGGCAUUGGUUACUGAGACAAGCCAUCGGAAAUGUCCAAAUGAUCCGAUGAUCAGUUGUUGGUUAAGGGGUUAGCUCUCAACAACGAAACUAAAAGCCUCUAGUGUCCAAAGAUGGUCUUGUAUCCUGGAUUUGAAUUUUUACUUAUCUUGCUGUCUCUGUCAAAAAUUUUGGGGUUGCUUAGACUUGAAUUUUUGUUCUCA